UCCCUCCCAUCUCUGACGUCCACGUCCCCGUGGUGUCCGAGUCCUACCGGCUGCGAUGUGUUACGCGCCCCAGCUUUAGAAAAAAAAACAGAGACGGGAAACUUCAUAGAAAUGGCGGAGGGUGCUACGACUCUCAAAGGCUUGCGAGCCCAACUGGCUGCAGCUGCACAAGCACAGGCCGAGGAGCGGCGCAGCCUGUCAGGGAACAGCCCCGGACCGACAUCCACCGCGCAAGCUAAACCUCAGGGCGGCAGGCCAGUCAUUGACGGUGCUGCACUUAGAAUAGACGACCGACUGCGAGUGGCGAAAGAAAGGCGAGAGGAGGCAGAGAGACAACAGGUGCUAAAAGACUCUCAAAUCAUGGAGCGGGAGCGCAAGGCCAAGGUGCAAGUGGAGCGUCAGAUGGAGGAGCGACAGAAAAAGGUUGAUGAACAGCGAAGGAAGGAGGAGCAGAAGCGAUUGGCUGUGGAGGAGAAGAGGAAACAGAAACAGGAAGAGGAAAAGGAGCACUACGAGGCAAUGAUGCGGCGAACAUUAGAGCGUAGUAAUCGAGUGGAGCACAGGCAGAAAAGAUGGUCCUGGGGAGGAUUGUCCACAGACUCAGACGGACGGACAGGAGACUCUGAUGCCAGCUCCUCAUCUCCAGUAACUAUAGUUAUCUCCCCUGCCUCGCCAGAAAAGCCACCCAGGAGUCGACAAGUGGACAAGCGCUCCACAUCCACCAUGAACCUGAAACAGCCGUCCGAGGCUGGCAUCAGCAAACGCCUAUCCUCCUCCUCCGCCACCCUUGUCAAAUCUCCCGACAAACGUGUUAAGCAGAGGAGUUCAUCUUGUAAUCGGUUGCCUAACAAUGGCAAUGCUGCUCUGGCCAGUAAGGAAGACGGCAAAAAGCCUCAGGUGGAACCCACAGGCCGCUCCGUCAAGAAGAGAAGCGCCUCCCUCACGCGAGGUAGUGAGGGCAGAGCGCAGAGCCCCGCCACGCCUGAUAGGGCCACAACGGAGGAUCAAGCUCGCAGGCCGCCGACCGGCCCUGUGGACGAAGGGGUUCUUAGUCGCCUGCUCACCCCCACCCAGGCCUCACUAGCUAGGAGCAAGAGCGCCGCGGCCCUGUCAGCUGAAGGAACGAACGCUCCAGAGUGUCACCUGUGUCCUCGCUCAGCCUCUGCCAGCCCGCUGAACCCGCCGCGGGGGCCCGUGCGCAGCCGCAGCAUCGACCGACAGAAGAACGGCAUGACCACCUCCGUGUCGGCCGACGGAGCCCUGGACCCCUCCACGAAGGACAGGCCGUUAACAUCGCCUGGACGGCAGCGUCCCGCCUCUCCGUCUUCCACCCUGGGACGCAACCGUUCACCCUCCCCAGCGCCCAACCCUGCUCCCAAGAGGGCCCCCUCCCCGACAUUAUCCAAGCAAAGUCCCAGGACACGCCCCCCCUCACCGGGUGCAAUGAAACAACGACCCCCGUCCCCCCAGCCGGUGUCGGCCAAACCUCCACCUAUCCAGAAACCGGCCCUCACUCCAACAGGGCCCCCCACCUUGCGAAAGAGGGACUCUAAGUCCAAGGAUCUGUGUCCUGUGCAGGCUUUGUCUCCACAGUCCUCUGACUCCAACAAGACCAAAGAGAAAGAUGACCCCAAAGCCUCGACAGGCACCAACUCGGCCGCUGAGGCCGCCAAGAUCCUGGCAGAGAACCGCAGACUGAUGCGAGAGCAGAAGGAGAAGGAGGAGCUGCUCCGGGUACAGAGGGAGGAAGAGGAGAAGCUGAGGAAGGAAGAGGAGAUGCGCUUGGCCGAGGAGGCUCGACUGAAACGCCUGGAGGAGGAGAAGAAGCUGGCAGAGGAAAAGAAAAUUCAAGAUGUGGAAGACGCCCGCCUGGCAGAGGAGGAGCGGGUGAGAAUGGCAGAGGAGGAGGCGGUGAAACAGGCCGAGCUCCAGAAGGAACGGGAGGAGGCCGAGGUCAAGGCCGCGGAGGAGGCCGAGAAAGUCCGUCUGGAGAGAGAUCGCAUCAUGCAGCAGAACCAGCAGGAGCGGAUGGAGAGGAAGAAGAGAAUUGACGAAAUAAUGAAAAGAACAAGAAAAGGGGAGCAAAGUGACAUGAAGGGAGAUGGAGGCGAUGACGAUAAACAGGACAAUGACGAGGAGGGAGAGGACUAUGAAACCCAGAGCCAGUCAGAUGGCAUGGCCAUGGAGGAUGACGACAAAGACGAGUGUGGGCUGUCCUCUGGUGAGCCGGAGGCACAGAGGGAGGAGCCCCUGGGCAGCGUGAACGGGGAGCAAGAGGCGGACGAUAAGGAGAACAACAACGGCAGAGGCACAGCCGAGAGUCAGGCCGUCAGCCCCGUCCCCGACAGCCGCCUCGUCGAGGGCUCGGAGUUCCUGAAUGAGCAGGACUCCGCCAAGGUGGGCCGGGUCUCAGGCCUCAAUGGCAAGUCCACACAGUGGAGCUUCGAGGAGCUCCUUGACCUCAACGUCCACGCCAAGGCUCUGCCCCUCAUCGAGGCGGAGGACCGCAACCAGGUCUUGAUCCACUGCGACGAGAGCUCGGAUGGGACCAGGGUAGCCUUCGAGGACAAGGGAUCCCCCGUCGGCACCCUGCACUCCUCUAAUCAACCCAUAGAAGCCCUCCCAGAGAUUUGAUGCCGCAGCCGUUGCUGAGAAGCCUCUUCCUGUUGCACCUGUGAAGUUCCUGACUAGCUGAGCUCCGUUAAAAACAUGUCCUGUAUCGUACCCAUCACCUUCCUCGUCUUCUCUUCACAUGGUGAAGUAGCACAAGGUGAAGCGGAAAGACCACCCCAAGUGCUACAUUUGCACCCCACAUUAUGGGGAAACAUUUACAAAUUCCUAUAAAUUUAAAGAAAAGUUAUUCCUCAGGGAAAAUUCUGUACAUGCUUACUUCAGGUCUCUUUCCUCUUCCUCUUGUGUUUUGUUUUGUGUCCCAAUUUGAUGAUGUUUUUUAAGAGUUUUGUCUUUGUCAGGGGUGCAUUUGAUGUAAUUUAUUAAUUUUGGCUUGUUUGUUAUUGUAAUUAUUGUUCUGUUUAGUCUUUUUCGUUUUCUCUUGUGAGAAUAUUCCAGGACGCGUGCGCAUUCGGCUGUAUGAGUUGAACAUCAUGAGUUAAAGGAAGGGCCGUUCACACAUCCUGUUCUGUCUUGAGGUUCGGUGAGGAGAGCAUCCCGGGAUUCGCAUGUGAUCCACCUAAAUUUACUUAACCGGCUGCUUUGAGCAGCAUCCAGCAAUAAUAGCCUUAACAUUUUUGGUCUCAAACUUCUAACUUAAAAGUGUGCAUGUGCUGAAGCUCCCGCACCAACAGUUUAGCGACCGUCUGUCGCGUGCUUUUACGCUGGGGAGCAGAUUCUGUGUUUCACACCUCAGGUCACAUACUCUCUGUCCUUUCAGCUGCUCUCGGCAUGCGUUUGCUUCUUUGGCCACUAGAGGGCGUCAGACACACGACUCCCAACUGUUACAUUUGAAGCUGAAGAGUGUUGAGAUUCCUUCACACCACUGGUGAAUUCACAUGUUCAGUGGACUUUCUGCAGUUAGUUCAUGUAGGGCUUGUUUAUGUUUUGUUUAUUUUUACAUAUGUAUAUAGAAUUUGUGUUUACUAACGACACCAUUGUACUUUGCAUCAGUGAGAGAGUUUCUCCAGUCUGCUUCAGUAGAGCUGCAGCAUUCUCUCUUUAACGGGUAAAGUCAUUCGGAGCUGUUUUUGAGUUCAAACUAAAUGAGUUUUUCCAAUUAUAUCGGUUCAAUUUAAGCUCAACCAACACGUCCACGUGCACUUUUCCUUCUGGAUUUCGCUCCGUGCGGCUCUUUUGAUCAGUUACAUUAAUUUUCCACUAACUAUCCUUAUCGGAAAGGUCUCGACUCGAGAGCUACUACAUUUGACUAAACGCAUUUCAAUUAUUUUUUUAUAAUAUAAAAUUGGGUUGUUUUGUUUAUAUCUGAAAAUACAUUUCUACAUAUAUUUAAGUGUUAUUGUAUUGUGUGUAUAUAAUCAGUGUUAGGCAAAGGAAGCCAUGUUUAGGAUGGAGUGGCGUCAGGAUGUGGAUUAUUUGAAGUCUCUUGUGUAUGUGACCGUGCUAUACUGUGUUAGCUUUCAAUUCGACUCGUACCCUGCGACAGGGUGGUCAGGUCAGGUCUGUGCAGCCUGGAAACAUUUACACGAAGGCCUCUUACAUGUGAGCUCUGCAAAAAAAAAAAAAAAAAAAAACUCAAAAUACAGCGUGUGUAUUUCUGUGCUUGUUGGCUUUCUCCCCUCAAAUGCUAAGCAUUGAGGCUGACCAUGAACUCGCAGAGGCUUUAAUAAGCUGCCACUUUGGUCUGACCCGUAAGCCAAGUCUCAGCGUUGCUUCAGUCUCAAAGGGUUUUACUUCCAUUUGGCACAUUGGAUCAGAUUUGAACUCGUCUUUGCAGUAUGAGGCGGGAGCGCAUGCACCAAACCAAAUAUGACACAAGUGCGAUAGGUUUGUGUCUCUUCAGGAUCGUCAUGACUCGAUUUGGACUCUUUAAUACUCUAUGCUUGAACAGUCCAAGCAGUCCGAGGUUUGGGGACCUUUUUCUUAAUUGUUGCCUUCUUCUCUGCUGUCUAACUAAAAUCUCUUUGCACAUAACAAGUCCCACAGCUAUAGAUCUUAAUUUGUGGCUCAAAGAAUGUAACGGACUCCAUAAAGCGUCCUUCAUUAUUUACCGCGUCUGUCCGAGCUGCCCGCUUUUUGUCGUUCAUCCAUUAUUCAUCUGGAGAACAUGAUACUCUUUGCACACUCACAAACUCGUCACCGUGUGUUGAAAGGAGGAGUCGAUUUAUUGUAGGGAAUCUAAGGCGAGUUGUGUUAAAAAGUCAUUUGUUCCUAACUGGAUUUUUGUGUCAUUAUCAUCCCAGACUUGCCUGUAUCAUCAAAAUUUACUAAACUCAUCCUGCUCAUCUUUCCACUCACGCUGAUCUCAUGAGGAGGGGGAGGGGGCUGUUGUAGCUGCUGCUUGAGCAGAUACUGUACCUCUGCUUUAAGUCCUUAACAACAAUAGAAUAGAACGGUGCCUUAGAAUGAUAUUUAGUGUUUUUAUUAUAUCACAGUUGACUAAGAUUGCUUUUCCUUACCUCGGCCUCGACAAUCAAGUCUAUCCAACUGGGAUAGAUUUACAGACCUACCAAUGCCCUGUCCACGAGUAAAAUUUGUACUGUAAAUAUAUCUUAAGUGUACUGAGAUGAUACAAACUGUUAAUACGAAUAAAGUCUCGCAAAGAUG